ACAUCUUAAUCAAGAAUCAAGUGUAAGGUAAGAAAAAAAAAACAAAGAAGAACAGUCAUAUUCUAUAUUAAGAAAAUGAAGACUUUCGGAUUUCUAAUGAUUUCGACCUUUCUGGUUCUCUUUGCAACUCUUCUCCCUUAUUCUUCGGCUUCAACCACCCGUCGAUUUCACUUUAAUGUCGAGUGGAAGAAGGUAACUAGGCUGUGCCACACGAAGCAACUUUUAACGGUGAACGGACAAUACCCUGGGCCGGCGGUGGUGGUUAACGAAGGUGACACCGUAGAAAUCAAAGUGACUAACCGGAUUGCUCACAAUACAACUAUUCAUUGGCAUGGGUUAAGGCAAUACCGGAGCGGUUGGGCUGAUGGACCGGCUUACAUUACGCAGUGUCCUAUACGAUCGAAACAAUCAUAUACAUAUAGGUUCAAAGUGGAAGACCAAAGAGGCACACUCCUUUGGCAUGCACAUCACUCAUGGCAACGCGCCUCCGUCUACGGUGCCUUCAUCAUCUAUCCGAGGCAGCCUUACCCAUUCUCCGGCAGCCACAUCCAGUCCGAAAUUCCCAUUAUACUCGGUGAAUGGUGGAAUGAUGACGUAGACAAGGUGGAGAAGCAGAUGUUGAAAACAGGAGCUGGUGCCAAAGUUUCCGACGCUUACACGCUUAACGGCCUUCCCGGUCCACUUUAUCCUUGCUCUACCAAAGAUACUUUCACCGCGAACGUGGACGCGGGAAAAACAUACAUCCUCCGCAUAAUCAACGCUGCUCUAAACAACGAACUCUUCUUCGCUAUAUCAAACCACACACUAACCGUAGUCGAAGUCGACGCGGUUUACACCAAACCGGUUCAUACCAAAGCAAUCAUGAUCGCUCCCGGUCAAACCACCACCCUCCUCCUCCGCACCAACCACCUCUCCGACGGAGAAUUUCUCAUAGCCGCAACUCCUUAUGUCACUUCCGUCUUCCCCUUCAACAACUCCACCACCGUCGGCUUCCUCCGUUACAACAAGAGUAAACCGGUUAACCAUCUAAACCGACGCCGGUUAAUAACGACGCUAUCCACACGCUCGGUCCUCCCCGACAUGCUGGACACGAAGUUCGCGACGAGAUUCUCCGACAGCAUCAAGAGCCUCGGGUCGGCCGAGUACCCGUGCAAAGUCCCCACGGCGAUCGACAAGCGCGUGAUCACCACGAUCAGCCUCAACCUCCAAAACUGCCCGGACAAUCAAACCUGCUCCGGAUACGACGGGAAGAGAUUCUUCGCGUCGAUGAACAACGUCUCGUUCAUCAGACCUCCUAUCUCAAUCCUGGAGAGCUACUACAAGAAAAAGAGCAGAGGGGUGUUCACGCUCGACUUCCCGGAGAAGCCUCCGAGCAGAUUCGACUUCACGGGAGUCGACCCCGUGUCGGAGAACAUGAACACCGAGUUCGGAACCAAGCUGUUCGAAGUGGACUUCGGUGCGAGGUUGGAGAUUGUGUUCCAGGGGACGAGUUUUUUAAAUAUUGAGAACCAUCCGUUACAUGUGCACGGACACAACUUCUUCGUUGUCGGAAGAGGGUUCGGAAACUUCGACGAGGAGAAGGAUCCGGAGAAGUAUAACUUGGUGGAUCCGCCGGAGAGGAACACGAUCGCGGUGCCGACGGGAGGAUGGGCGGCGAUUAGGAUAAACGCGGAUAAUCCUGGAGUUUGGUUUAUUCACUGUCAUCUCGAGCAGCAUACCUCGUGGGGAUUGGCUAUGGGCUUUAUCGUUAAAGAUGGGCCUCUUCCUUCGCAGACUCUGCUUCGUCCUCCUCGUGAUCUUCCCAAGUGUUGAAAGAGUGUUCAACAAGUUAGGUCGUUUCUAGGGUUUUGUUUUAUUGUAUUUUGAGUGUUUUAGAUUUAAAUAAUGAAUGGUUGUUCUUUUCUGUCAAA